GUUGAGUGUUGUGGCGACUCACGACCUCUCCUUGUUAUCAGUCCCCAGUUUUCUUGCCAAACGGUCCAAACUGUGCCAUGACGGUAUCCAGUUUCUAUUUUCUAGCAGCGAAGAUUUCGCACUAGCGCUGCCCUGGACGGGCUCUUCCGAGCGAGUGAUGAUGUCGCUGGGUGGGUACGCAGGUACUUGUUGGUGUUUCGUGCGGUGUACGACUCGGCGACGCUCGGAAUGGUUGAGGAAAGGCUCUGUGAAGAGUCGACAGGUGUUUGGAGCAAUGAUGAUGGCAUCCGGGGAGUGCGAAGAGGGGUUGUCGAGUCUAACAUCUGAACGAUAUAUAUGGCCUUCCCCAGGAUCCUGGAUGCUGCUCAUUCUUCCAUCACUCACCCAAACUUUCUUUCAAAGACCAGCAUACUUAGAGCUUCUGAGAAGCCGAACACCACUUUGACCCUCCUACUCCAUACCACAUCCGCUCACGACUAGAUACGACCACCAACAUGUCUCAGAUCAACGACAAUGAACUCGCUCAGGAUAUCCAGAAGCAGGAAUCCCACGACAUCAACCGCGCACCCUCCAACAACAUGGCCGGCUCUCUUGUCAUCCCUGGUGAGGCUGGCAGCCAGCACCAGCAGGGCGGUGUCAACUCCAUCGAGGUCCCAGCAACAAGGAGUUCCAUCUCUGAUGCUCAGAACUACAUGCACAACCUUUCACUCUCGCCUUCAAUGAAGGACAGGAGAGGAUCAAGGAACUCUUUCGGUACCUCGCUGCCCAUCCCCCGCUCAAAGAGGCAGUCAAGGUUGAGCUCCGUUCACUACCCCAGUGGUGCUGCCCAGCGCCCAGGCAUGCCCCCGAUCCAGCCUUCCCGCGACAUCAUCGCUGCCCAGCUCCAGGAUCUCGCUGGCGAGAAGGUCACAAAGGCUAAGGACAUGGCUUUCGUCUUCGACAUUGACGGUGUCCUCGUCCACGGUGACCGUCUGAUUCCCGAGGGUAAGCGUACUCUUGAGAUCCUCAACGGUGACAACGAGCUCGGUAUCAAGAUCCCCCACAUCUUCUUAACCAACGGUUCCGGAAAGCUUGAGGGACCCCGCUGCGAGCAGCUGUCCAAGAUCCUCCACAACCCCAUCUCCACCGACCAGUUCAUCCAGUCCCACACCCCCAUGCGUGCUCUUGCCGACUACUACGGGACUGUCCUCGUUGUCGGUGGUGAGGGUUACAAGUGCCGUGAGGUCGCUCAGGAGUACGGUUUCAAGAACAUUGUCGUCCCCAACGACAUCAUCGCCUGGGACCCCACCAUUGCUCCCUACCGCGUCUUCACUGACGAGGAGCGCGCUACCUCCAACCCCCGCGACUUCUCCAAGAUGAACAUCGACGCUAUCAUGGUCUUCUCUGACUCCCGCGACUACGCCACCGACAUGCAGAUCAUCAUGGACCUUCUCCAGUCUGAGAACGGCCGCUUCGGAACCCGCGCCAAGGACCCCGUUUCCCAGCGCAUCCCCAUCUACUUCUCGCAGGGUGACUUGCUGUGCCCCACUGAGCACCCCUUCCCCCGCAUGUCGCAGGGUGCGUUCCGCAUUGGUCUCGAGGCCAUGUACAAGGCGCUCACCGGCGCGGACCUCGAGCGUGUCGUCUACGGCAAGCCCGAGUUGGCUACCUACAAGUACGCCGACGAGGUCAUCGCGUCCUGGAUGGAGCAGAUCCACAACGACGAGCGUCUGCCCUCCAACAUCUACAUGAUCGGUGACAACCCGGCCUCCGAUAUCAUCGGCGGCAACAUGUACGGCUGGAACACCUGCUUGGUCCGCACUGGUGUGUUCCAGGGUGGUGACAACGACGAGAACAACCCGGCCUCGUUCGGUGUGUUCAAGAACGUGCUUGAGGCUAUCCAGACUGCUAUCCGCAAGGAGAUUGGUCAGGACUUCAAGUUUGAGUUCAAUGAGAGCAUCAACCCUGUCACUGGCAACGAUGGUGUCUCUGCUAUCGAGUAAAUCUAGUUUACUUGUUGGCAUGAUCAGGGCCAUGGUCUAGAGUGAUGGAUAGACUUGCAUUACAACGGCGUUCGGGGUGAAUAAUACAUGGAUCCGGUGGAUAUCCUGCAUAGCGAUCUGCUUGCAUACUAGAUCUACGAAUUUUUUUUAUUUUUUUCUAGAUAGACUUUGACCUA